CCUCAGAUCUGAAGUGGCCUCUGCAGUCUUCCGGUCUUGUGAGUAUUCCAUUGGUCACCUACAUUAGGUACGCAUCUAAAGCGGUCUUGUUUCAAGUAUCAUAUUGCGAUCUCCAAUCAUUGCACGACGUACUGCAGGCUUAGUUGUCGAUGCUGCCUGCUGAGAACCCCGCAUACAUACAGCAAAGCCUGAGCCUUAUAUACAAACGAGCUCACCAUCUCGAUCUUCAAUGUUAGAAUCCCUUAAACAUAUUACUUAGUUACGAAUAAGAAAUGGCGAACGUCCCAUAUGAAAUUAUCGCGGCUUCAAAGCCUUUCCGAUUUCUCGUCGGACCGGACAAGAAGGAGUUCUUCAUGCAUGCCAAGCUAGUCGCGCGGAUGUCCAAGCCCCUCUACGCUCUGGUCAACGGCGAAUGGAAAGAGGCAAAAGAGAGCUUCACAGAAUGGCCCGAAGUCGACGAAGGGACCUUCGCCCGGUUUUGCGAAUUUGCGUAUACGGGAGAUUAUACAGUCCCGGAGCCAUUCAAAGAUGCGCUUGCAGAGCUGAAAAAUAAGAAUAAAAUCCGUGAGGACGACAAUUUCGAUUUGUGGGGGGGGAGCUUUACGAACAAUGGGUUCGGUACUCACGGCGGUCUGUCCAAGAAGAAAAAGAAGUCCAGCUCAAUAUUCGAUCAGUCAGUUGUAAGAUCAGGGUCUUCCGGCGACAGGGACAGGAUGUGGGAGCAGUUCCGGCAAGACGUGAGCGACGAGCCGGACCACCGGGCGAAGGAGAGCGCGAACACGGACCCGUCGCUCAACUACUCGGAGGUGCUGCUAGCGCAUGCGCGGCUAUACGCCCUCGCAGACUGCUACGACGUCUCGGCGCUCGCGGAGCUCAGCGUGCGCAAGCUGCACCGGACCCUCAAGGUGUUCGAGCUGCACAAGGGGGUCCGGGCGACCGACGUCGCGCAGCUCAUCGACUACGCGUACAAGAACACGAUGAACAAGGGCGCCGGAGAGGAUAAGCUGAGAGGCGUGCUCGCGACGUACACCGCGUGCAAUAUCGAGGAGAUGUGGCCCAAUUUGUAUUUCCAGGACGUGCUGGAGUCGCCCGAGGUUUCGAAGGCUAUUAUCGCACAGCUGCUUCGGAGGUUGAAUUAGUCGCGCUUGCGAUAGACGAUCCAGUAGUAUCUGUUUCUUUUGAUUUGCAGACGUUAAAAUUACGGACGGGGAGGCUUGAUAUAUGUAUGUAGUCCCCAUGAUAAACUCAUUCAUGAUACUGCGCUCCGCUAUGGUAGAACGAGAGCCCGCUAUAUAUAGC